UCAAGGGUCAGGGGGCGUGGUCUUUCUCUUCCAACAUGGCGGCCUCAAGUACUCCCUGCCCCACUGUGCCCACCACUGAGCUGUGCGGCAGCCAAUGGGACGGAAUCGUGCUGGUCACAGAUGACCCUUCCAAACUAGAUGGCAGUCUGGAAGUCCUCAAGGAGGCAAUCCAGACUUACAAGGAGGUUGACAGCGGUGCGGAUGGUCUGGCUGUCGUCAUCCCUCUCCCCAGUCUGCCUGCUAAGAGACUGAUCUAUGCCUGUACUGGCCCAGUGACACGUGACAUCGAUGACGUCCGCAGGUUUUAUGAUGCAGCAGUGAAGGGUGUACAGAGGGCUCUGAAGGCAGGAUGUAAGUCGCCGCUACUGGUGUGCCCCGCCCAUCCCUUAUAUGUACAUGCCCGCGGUGUGGCCACGCUGGGGGCACUGCAUGCUUUGUAUGUGCCUCUGGAGAUCCGUCAGGAUGUUCCGGACCGUACCACCAAGGCUCAGCAACUGGGGGUGUGGGCUGUCUCUGAAGAGACCGCUAACAACAUAGCAAAAAGGGUUGAGGCAUUGGAGAGUGGAAGGAUUGUUGCCCGUGACAUCGGGGGCUCGGACCCGGAGCGCAUGGCAGCACCACGGGUGGUGGAGUACCUGCAGGACAAGUUCAAGGACACUGCCAUCAAGAUGAGGGUGACCUCUGACGCUGCGGAGUUUGAGGAGAACUACCCUCUCCUGGCCGCAGUUAACCGCUGUGCCAAAGCGGUGUCCCGUCAUCACGGGCGACUCAUCCACCUGGAGUACACUGGGGAGGGGGAGGUGGACAAGACCCUGCUGCUGGUGGGGAAGGGUAUCACUUAUGACACAGGUGGUGCAGAUAUCAAGGCAGGGGGAGUGAUGGCGGGCAUGCACAGAGACAAGUGUGGAGCUGCUGCCGUGGCUGGCUUCUUCCAGGUCCUGAAUGCGAUCCGUCCCAAGAAGCUGCGUGUGCUGGGUAUGCUGGCCAUGGUGAGGAACAGUGUGGGGGCAGACAGCUAUGUGGCAGAUGAGCUGAUCACGUCUCGUGCGGGGGUGCGUGUUCGUGUGGGGAACACUGAUGCGGAGGGUCGGAUGGUGAUGACAGAUCCACUGUGCGAGAUGAAGGAACGUGCACUGAAGGAGACCAACCCAGAGCUCUUCACCAUAGCAACCCUGACGGGCCACGCCAUCCGCGCCAUGGGACCCAACUACUCUAUCAUCAUGGACAACGGCCCGGCCAGGAAGCUGCAGACAGCCCAGCAGAUGCAGCAGGUUGGCCACGAGUUUGCCGACCCAUUUGAGAUCUCCACUCUGCGUAAGGAGGACUUUGACUUUGUCCGCGGGCCAUCUGAGUACGAGGACGUCCUGCAGUGUAACAACCAGCCGUCCUCCGCGACACCCCGCGGUCAUCAGUUCCCAGCAGCCUUCAUGAUGCAAUCCUCCGGACUGGACAAGCAUGGCUGUGACUCGGCCCAGCCCCUGCCCUACUCCCACAUGGACAUCGCUGGAUCCUCCGGACCCUUCCCAGGGGUCCCCACCGGCGCCCCCAUCAUCGCCCUGGCGGCCAAGUACAUCUACCCCCGGCUGUGAAAUGGAUCAUCCCUCACUGGAGCAGCGAUGACAAGGCUUAGGGGAGUCUUAGAUUCCUGGGGACCAGAAAUUUCCUUUCAUCUGUAUUAAGACUAUAAAUUAUGAAUUAAAUUGUGCAUAUAGCAGGGACCUAAGAAGUUUACAGAUCAUUUCCAAAUAUGUUAGGUACCAAUCAUAUUAGCUGGUUUAGCAGGAUUUUGCAACGCAUACAUGCUCCAAUCACACAAUGAAGAA